UAUCUUUUAUUAUUAAAUAAAAUAAAUUAGUAUUUAUCAAAAGCAUGCCAAUUCAACAUUCUAAAAGAUUGAGAGGACCACAAGAAACUCUACCAUUAACGUCUCUUUCUUGCAAAGUUACUACUUCAACUAAAUCAAGUUCCCAACGACAGGAUGGACGCGGAGAAAAUGAAAUAAGACCGAUGUAUCUUAAAGCUGGUACUAUCCAUCAAGCUAAUGGUUCUUCUUACGUAGAAACAUGUGACACUAAGUUAAUAUGUGCCGUUUAUGGACCCCGCGAUAAUCCAAAGCGUCAUCAGUUUAGUUCAAAAGGAAAUAUAUUUUGUGAAGUAACUUUUGCUCCGUUCUCGUGGCACGAAAGAGUUUCCAAUCAAGAUUCACUUAGUAAAGAAUACUCAUCUGCUAUUGUUCAAGCUUUUGAAUCUGCCGUUUGUCUUGAAUCUUAUCCAAAGGCGCAAAUUGAUAUUUAUAUUAACAUUUUAGAGUAUAGUGGAAAUUGUUUAAGCUAUGCAUUUAUAGCAGCAUCAAUAGCUCUAGCUGAUGCCGGCAUCGAGAUGCUAGAUUUAGUCACGUCUUGCGAAUCUGCUUUUUCUAACGAAACAUCGAUUCAACGCGUGUGUGUUGAUCCAAGUGGCGAAGAAGUUUCACUUUGUAAAGGACGCGUAGUUAUUGCUUAUAUGCCUUCAUUAAAUAAGAUAUCUUAUUUAUCAAUGCAAGGCGAAGAAACAAUUGAUGACUCAAUGCAAAACGUGAUCACCUGUAUUGAGGGGUGUUUACGUAUUUAUAAAUAUAUGAAAGAAUGUAUUAUGAAUUGGACGUAAAAACUCAAUAAAAAUUAUUUUUCGGA